AUGACGACGUUUCGGAAAGCCUUCAUCACCGCCAUCGUCAAGAGCCUGCUGAGGGGCAAGUCCCUGGUACAGGCCAUCAUCGCCUAUUGGAUCAACCCCCUGACGUCCCCCGUCGUCAACCCCAAGUCGGACCCAUACCCCAAGAGCAUUCAAGAGUUCCUCAAGGAGGCCGAGGCCGGCCUCCUCGGCCCCGUCAGCGGACAUGGUCUCCUCGACCUCUCCGCCGCUCUCAAGGAGCAGUUCCUCCACCGCAUGCAAGCCGACACCCAGUCCAUGCUGCCUUCCUACAGCCACCGGCUGCCGUCCGGUGCCGAACGCGGGCAGUAUCUCGCCUUGGACGUCGGUGGAUCCACCCUCAGAGUGGCCCUCGUCGAGCUGCGGGGACGGGACCUCGCCGACGGCAAGCCGGGUGACGUCGUGAGGAGUCGCCACUUCACCAUAAGCGACGCCGUCAAGGAACUCGAGGGCCUUUCCUUCUUCGACUGGAUGGCCCGGAGGAUUCAAGAGACGCUCGCCGCCGGCAUCACACGCGAGCACGGUCCGGAGAAGCCGCUGCCGGUAGCGUUGGCGUGGAGCUUUCCCAUCGAGCAAACUUCGUUGGGCAGUGGCAAGCUGAAAGGGAUGGGCAAGGCCUUCCUAGCCGACAAGGGUCUGCUAGGUGAAGACUUGGGCCGGAUUGUGAAGCAGGCCUGCGGGAACCGCGGUCUCCAUGUCGAGUUGCGAGCCAUCCUGAACGACUCCAGUGCCUGCUUGCUAUCCCAAGCGUACUCGCACCCUUCGGCCCGAUUCGGCCUCAUCCUCGGUACCGGCCUUAACAUGGCCGCCUACCUCCCCGUCGCCGCCAUCGGCAAGGUCAAGUUUGGCGCCCGUCCCGACGCUUGGUUUGACGGCGCCAGCCAUGUCAUCGUCAAUACCGAGCUGAGCAUGUUUGGUCAAGGCAUCCUGCCCCUGACGAGGUGGGAUCGCGCCUUGGCCAAGGAGCUCCCUCGACCGGACUUCCAACCCCUGGAGCAGCUCGUGAGCGGCAUGUAUCUCGGCGAGAUUGCCCGUCUCGUCCUCGUCGAGGCCAUCGAGACCGCCGGCCUCCUCGGUGGCCUCGUUCCGCCCUCGCUCCGGACCCGAUACUCGUUGAGCAGUGAGACGCUGUCCAUGAUUGAGAGCGAUCAUAGCGACGACCUCUCCGAGGCCACCAAGCUCUUUUCGAACCGACAUCCCUCACCUCACACACCCACCACAUCCGACCUCAUGGCCAUCAAGGCCAUUGCCUCCUUCAUCUCCGUCCGAUCCUGCGCACUAGUCGCCACCUGCGUCUUCACCCUGUGGGACGUACGAUUGGAGGCAGAGAGGGCCUACCUUGCGACACUUUCCGAAUCCUCACCCGACCGAAAAGGGGUCGAGGCCGACAUGAAGCUCGAGGAGACGACGGUGGCAUUCAACGGAAGUGUCAUCGAGAACUACCCCGGGUAUCUCAGUACGUGCCAACGAUAUAUCCGUGACCUGGUUGACGGCCUGAAUCUGCCGGAGCCUCGGAGGAUCACCCUCGUGUCCGCCAAAGAAAGCUCCUUGAUGGGUGCUGCCGUUGCCUUGGCCUGUACCUUGCACGAAUAA